UUGCAAGACCCUUCUCAUUCUUCUUCUUCCUCCUCCUCCUCCUCCAUUGAUUGCCGGAGAGCUACGAGCAGAAAGAAGAGGUAGGAGAAGGAGGUCGGCCGGCCAUGGGGACGCAGGUGGCAGAUAGAGAUAGCUACCCGCCGGCGCCGGUGAAGGAUACCCGGACCGAGCAGGAGAAGAAGAUCGACGACUGGCUGCCGAUCACGUCGUCGAGGAACGCCAAGUGGUGGUACUCCGCCUUCCACAAUGUCACCGCCAUGGUCGGCGCCGGCGUCCUCAGCCUCCCCUUCGCCAUGUCCGAGCUCGGCUGGGGGCCUGGGAUUGCUGUGCUGAUCUUGUCGUGGAUCAUCACGCUGUACACGCUGUGGCAGAUGGUGGAGAUGCACGAGAUGGUGCCCGGGAAGCGGUUCGACCGGUACCACGAGCUCGGGCAGCACGCGUUCGGGGAGAAGCUGGGGCUGUGGAUCGUGGUGCCGCAGCAGCUCGUCGUCGAGGUCGGCGUGAACAUCGUGUACAUGGUGACCGGCGGCAAGUCGCUGAAGAAGUUCCACGACGUGAUCUGCGACGGCGGCUGCAAGGACAUCAAGCUCACCUACUUCAUCAUGAUCUUCGCCUCCGUCCACUUCGUGCUCUCGCAGCUCCCCAACUUCAACUCCAUCUCCGGCGUGUCGCUCGCCGCCGCCGUCAUGUCGCUGAGCUACUCCACCAUCGCGUGGGGCGCGUCGGUGGACAAGGGGAAGGUGGCCGACGUCGACUACCACCUGCGCGCCUCCACGGCGACCGGCAAGGUGUUCGGCUUCUUCAGCGCCCUCGGCGACGUCGCCUUCGCCUACGCCGGCCACAACGUGGUGCUGGAGAUCCAGGCCACCAUCCCGUCGACGCCGGAGAUGCCGUCCAAGAAGCCCAUGUGGAAGGGCGUCGUCGUCGCCUACAUCAUCGUCGCGCUCUGCUACUUCCCCGUCGCGCUCGUCGGCUACUGGGCCUUCGGCAACCACGUCGACGACAACAUCCUCAUCACGCUCUCCAAGCCCAAAUGGCUCAUCGCCCUCGCCAACAUGAUGGUCGUCAUCCAUGUCAUCGGAAGCUACCAGAUCUACGCCAUGCCGGUGUUCGACAUGAUCGAGACCGUGCUCGUCAAGAAGCUCCGGUUCCCUCCCGGCCUGACGCUUCGUCUGAUCGCAAGAACACUCUACGUUGCGUUCACGAUGUUCAUCGCCAUCACCUUCCCGUUCUUCGGCGGAUUGCUAGGGUUCUUCGGCGGAUUCGCCUUCGCGCCAACCACUUACUUCCUUCCCUGCAUCAUGUGGCUAGCAAUCUACAAGCCGAGAAGAUUCAGCCUCUCAUGGUUCACCAACUGGAUCUGCAUCAUUCUUGGAGUGCUGCUCAUGGUCCUCUCACCUAUCGGAGGACUCCGGCAGAUCAUCAUGGACGCCAAGACAUACAAGUUCUACUCGUAGAUUACAUGUUCUUCAUCAUCGUGAUCUCGUGUGGCUCGUGAACAUACAUUAUACCAGCUACUGCAGAAAGUUCUUUUUGUAGUGCAACAAGGAAGAAAAUAGUCGACAUCACAAGUUCAUACAAUGUGGCUAUCUACAACGAUGAUCUUUGAAACGUGUCAUCUGUCAUGCACCUGUCGUUAAAAUUAUGGGUUCAUUAAAGAACUGCUGUGAAUUGUGCUUGGGUUAAUCAUACUGUAUUUUUUUUAUCGUUCUACUAUAUUGUAGGCUGAACCUGGAGACAGUGUGCAGAAAGAUAAAUUAAUGAGAUGGGAUAAGUACUGGUGUUGAUUCUUUUGCUUUCCA